GUUUAAUUAUAUUCCUCAAUUUCUGGGCGCGCGCAUAUUUAUAGACAGGUGCAAAAAAUUGUAGGCAGACACGGGAAAACGAUUAAUUGAUCAGUGAUCGAUAUUUAAAGUACCCCUAAAAAUUAUGUUUAGCCUCGGACGUGUAUCAAUUCAGGGUUUAAUUGUAUGGAUUUUUCAAAUGUAUGAUGCUUUAAUUCCAUGACGAAGUCAUUAAAUAGAUUAUAGGCUUUGUCUCGAUCUUUAAAAUACAUAAUAUGACCCGGAUUUGCUUAAUUGUGGGUGGGAAAAGCUAGGAAACUGCUGUCCAGCUACAGAAUUGUGAUACGAGAGUACUUAUAUAUAGCCAUCUGUGAAAGUAAAUCAAAACAAACAAAAAGUUGACCUGUCAGCCUGUUAAAUUUAUUGGUCGCCCGCAUGUGUGUGUGAUUCAAAACAAUUAAAUGCCUCAUUAAUCCCACCUUGAAGAAGUACAUAAAUUAAACUGUAACUAAAAGGGAUCUACAACAGGAAGAACAUAAAAGUUUAUAUAAACAUGCCUAGCUGUUCUUACAAUUUAAACUACUUUUGUGAUGUUAAAUUUAGAGCAGUGCAUUUGAAAAUACAUGAAAAAAUGAAAGUGAAAAGAUAACAGCUAAGAAGAAAAAUAUGCAUGAUAUCUAAUUAAGUAAUAAAUAAGAGGAGAAGCACUGACUUUAGUAGAUGCCAGUGGAAGAAGCAUCUUUAAACCUGACUUUAAUGUUAGUAACAUUAAAACAAAGCAAUCAUUCUCUUCUAGGACAUAGGCAAAGAAUACUGGACUCAAAUAAAACAAGUGUUCACAAGAUUUUGUAAUUCAUAAUCAAAAGCAUUUACUUAAAAAUAUAUAUCCAGACUUUUUAAUCAUGCAGAGAAAACUAUGGUAGACUUCCAAUCCAAGCAACGAGUUCACUGGUUUGGUUACAAGGCUACUGUGUUUCCUGAACCAUCUUGUUCAUACCGUGAGCAGUAUCAUGUGCAAGAUCGUAAAACCUUUCCGGCUCACAUCAAUCUUGCAGUCCAUGACUGUCGAGCAGAGGUGGUUCAAGACUUAAAUGCACCGACUGAGUGGGAAGCAUGUCUCCUAUUACCUGGUCUACGUGCCACUUAUUGUGAUGUUUUCGACUCCCAUGAUAAGAAAGGAAGCAAUACACCUACAGAUCAAAAGGAAGAUAAACUUUUGUACAAGCUGGGUGCCAAGGGAUCGAAAAAUGGAGAGUUCAACUAUCCUCGUGGUCUUUGUACAACUGUGGAGGGUGACAUUGUUGUGGCAGACAGCAAGAAUCAUAGGGUACAAGUGCUGAGCGGAUAUGGUGUUUUCAAGUUUGCUUUUGGUCAGCACGGGACAGACAUAGGAAAGUUUGAUGAACCAACUGGCGUCACUGAACUCCCAGAUAGGAACCUUGCUGUUGCUGACCGUAAAAACAGAAGAGUACAGGUUUUUUCAGAAAAAGGCAAGUUCUGCUACACUUUUUCUACAAUGAAUGAACCUUAUGAUAUUGCCGCUGAUCACUGUGACAUCAUAGCAGUUGCUUCUGUCACUCGUUUGGUUGAAAUAUACCAAGCACGAGACUGCACUCUUGUAUCUCACUUUCUUGUGCCUGUAAUUUCAGGCUGCAGGCAAAAUGGUAACUGCCCUUACACAUUGGCCUGCUUGAGCAGAAAAUUGUAGUCAGUGAUUCUGCUGAUUGUCAUAUAAAGUUUUUCAAUAUUAAAGGGGAGUUUCUCCAUCAGUUUCAGCCAGCAGCAUUUAAAGAUAGCUUAUAUGUUGCACCGGGGGGAUUGUGUGUGAACUCUCUUGAUUGC